UUCUUCUCAGGCUGCUGUCUUUAUGGGCAUGUUUACAGUGGCAUCACAGAAACACGAUUCUGUGUGAAUAGAGACAUGGGCUCUGGAGACUGUUUGAAGAAAAUUGCGGCUCUGAUUGCGGUCGUUGCGGUUUUGAAGGUGCAAGCUCUUCCGACGCCUACCGGUAAUGAUGCAGAUGCAGGUGAACUGAGAGACGACAUACCUGACAUCAACAGAGGGUUGAAUCAUCUGUUUGAGGGAGACAUUGCUGGUAAUCCCAGCAGAAAUGGAAUCCUCGAUCAAACAAGAAGAUGGACGUUUCCCAUCCCUUACAUCCUGAUGGAUUCUUUAGAGCUGAAUGCCAAAGGUGUGAUCUUACAGGCGUUUGAAGAGUACCGUUUGAGAUCCUGUGUGGACUUCAAGCCCUAUGAGGGAGAAACCACUUACAUCUCAUUUACCAAGCUGUCUGGCUGCUGGUCAUAUGUUGGAGAUGAUAAAACGGGCCAGAAUGUGUCCAUCGGGGCCAGGUGUGACAGUAAGGCCGUUGUGGAGCACGAGCUUCUCCACGCUCUGGGCUUCUAUCAUGAGCAGUCUCGUUCGGACAGAGACGACUACGUUAAAAUCUGGUGGGACCAGAUCGUAGAAGGGAUGGAGCACAAUUUCAAUAAGUAUGAGGAUGACUUCAUCACUGAUAUGAACACGCCAUAUGAUUAUGAGUCCAUCAUGCACUACAGACCGCUUUCCUUCAACAAGAAUGAAAGCAUCCCCACAAUCACCACCACCAUACCGUUCUUUAAUGAGGUUAUUGGCCAGAGGCUGGAUUUCAGCGCCGAAGACAUCACAAGACUCAACCGCAUGUAUGACUGUGCAAACACACACACUCUCCUGGACCAGUGCUCAUUUGAGCUGAUUAACAUCUGUGGAAUGAUUCAGAACGAGGAGGACAACGCAGACUGGAUCCAGACACUGAGCAGUCCAGCAGAUGCUGAUCACACCCUGGCAGGUCGCUGCAGAGAUUCCGGUUACUUCAUGAAGUUCGAUACCUCUUCUGGUGCAGCUGGUAGUAGCGCCUUGCUGGAGUCACGAAUCCUCUAUCCAAAGAGAGACGAGCAGUGCCUGCAGUUCUUCUAUAAGAUGACUGGAGCAGCUGGGGACAAACUUGUGAUAUGGAUCAGAACUGAUGACGGGACAGGGACUGUACGCAAUGUCAAGAAGAUCUAUACUAUUACAGGUGAUGGGGAUGACGCCUGGAAAAUAACCCACGUCACUCUCAAGGUGACAAAGAAGUUCCGCUAUUUCUUUCAAGGCAUCAGAAGUUCAACCACCUCCUCAGGUGCCAUCUUAAUCGACGACAUCACUCUCACUGAGACAGUUUGCCCCAGUGCUGUAUGGCAAAUCCGCAACAUCACCGCUGUUCUCGCCACCACUCCUUUUGGCCAUCCACUUAGAAGCAAAUGCUUCUACAACUCGGAGGGCUACUCAUUUGGUAUGAGUAUUUACCCUAAUGGAAGAUCGGCCGACUACCCGGACUAUGUUGGCAUGACCUUUCACCUCUGCAGCGGGGAAAAUGAUGCAGUGAUGCAGUGGCCAGUCAAAAACAGGCAAGCAACCAUUGUUGUCAUGGACCAGGAUCCAGAUGUUAAACUAAGGAUGUCCUCCACGAGAAGCUUCACCACAGAUUCUGAUGCCAUCUGGAACAAGCCUACAGCCACAUCAGGAGCUGAGUGGGAUGACAGCUGCAAGUGCUACCGUAGUCGUGAUUAUGGCUGGAGCACGUUUAUUUCUCACAAUCAGUUGCACAGGAGGAGCUUCCUCAAAAACAAUGAUCUCAUUAUUACGGGUGACUUCAACGAUUUGACCCACUUGAUUAAGACCGAGGUGCCUGUCAAACCGGCUCCAACGAGCGAAGGCAUUGCUGUGGAGAAAGACGUCAGUGAGUUGGAAAUUAAGCCGGAGGCUCCAAAACACAGGGAAGCACGUGCUGCCAACCCCUGUCACUCUAACCCGUGUUUUAACGGAGGUGUGUGUGUGGAGAGUGGGGGGAUAGCCUCUUGCAGGUGUGCAACAAGCCAGGCCACCUACUACACUGGUAAGUGGUGUGAGAACACGAAAAUAGACGAAAGACUUCUGGGAGCUCUGAUUGGUGGCACAGCAGGAACUUUAGUCCUGACGCUGGCCAUUUUCAAAGUCAUCAGGAGAGCUCAGGAGUAACGAGUCCGCUGCUUUCUUCCCAACACAAACAGAGCAACACUGGACAUAUUAGUAGCCUAUUUAUUAAAUGGUUCAUGUAAGUCCUCACUUCCAGAUAUUACUUAUAGAUAGAUAUUACAAGGCACACUUAUGUUCCACAUACGCUUCAGAAUCAGAAUUACUUUAAUGAUCCCAGGGGGAAAUUACUUUUCGUUACAGCAGCUCCUACUCAAAGUGUACUGGUGUUCAGAACAAAGAGCAAUGAAGGCAAUAAGAAUAAGUAGACAUUAUAGUUAGAAUACACGCAUCAAUGUGAAAAAAAUUAUAAGAAAUAUAUAUAAAAAUAUGUAAAAAAAAUUUGGAUUACAUCCCCAGUUUUGCAUAAUGAAAUAUAGUAAAUGUAUGUAGUAAAACUGUACGUUCAGUCCGUCACAGUCACAUUUUAUAAUGAUUAUAGUGGAAACAAUGUCAAACCGUAUACUGUACAUACUGUAACAACAGUGGUUCUGUGUAUAAGUUUGGUGUUUCCAUGCUGAAUGUAUUCUGAACAUUUGGAUUGAAAUGUAUCAGCAAUAAAAGACUGAAAAUUG